CCAUCUGCUGCGACCGGUUGGGAUACGGUCUGAUGAACAUCAAAAUCAGAAUUUACAUUACAGCAUCACUGGUCCAGGAGCUGAUCAGCCUCCUGUUGCCCUUUUCACCAUGGAGAGAGACACUGGCAGUCUGUAUGUCACACAGCCAGUUGACAGAGUGGAAGCAGCCCAGUAUAAGCUACAAGUGCAUGCCGUGGCAGAAAGUGGAGCUCACCAGGAGGUCAUGAAUGUUACAGUUAAAGUCAUCAACCAGAAUGACAACAAACCUGUCUUCAUUCAAAACACCUUUGAGGGACAAGUUGCUGAAAACUCAGUAAAAGGUUCUGAAGUGAUUAAGGUCGAGGCUACAGAUGCUAAUGAACCAGAUAAUGCCAACUCAGAUAUCCGUUACAGUAUUCUGAGCCAGGACCCGCAGCUGCCCAGUGACAACAUGUUUGAAAUCAACUCAGUUAGUGGAGCCAUCAGAGUUGCUGGUACUGGACUAGACAGAGAGAAAUAUCCACAGUACACUCUGACAGUACAGGCAGCAGAUAUGGAGGGAGAAGGGUUAUCUGGACAAGCACAAGUAAUCCUCAAGGUGGUGGAGAGCCAGUAGUCCUGGAAAAGCUUCAGGUCUCCUGUUCCUGCUUGAGAAGCGGAGAGAAGGAGCACAAAGACAUCAGAGACAUCUAUCACUGCGCUGGAGGCUGAUUCUACAUGACGCUCUCUUCAUAUGCAUGUGUGAAUGUUAGAUAAAAAGCACUUACAUAGAAAAAAGUGCUUGUGUGAAUGGGUGCGAAUGUGUGAAUGAGGCAGGUUGUGUAAAGCGCUUUGAGUGCUCAGAGUGAACCAGUCCAUUUAUCAUUCAUACGAGCAGGUAAAAUGGUCAAAGCUAGUUUGUCAGUAAUCAUGUGACAAUAAAAUCUCAGCAUAGUUCUUCUUCACAUGUAAGCAUUUUGUAGGUGGUGGGAAGUUCUACAUAUGUAGGAAGGUCUUAGAAAACUUCCAGGGGGAGCUGUGUAUCUGCUACUUUCCUUUUCCAUGAUUAUUGUGGGACUAGAAUGCUAUCGAGCGCUCUUUCAAGUGAUUUUCUUACUCUGUUUGUUGUAAUCAAAACCUAAGAAAACAAAAGAUUGAAAUGGUGUAAACCACAGUCAGCAGCUGCGCAAACAAUAGAUUUGAUGAUGUGUUGGAACAUGAUCAUGCUGUCACUGAGGAAUAUGCUUCUUUAUAGUAAAUGAAACAUAUGAAACUAAUUAAGAGUAUCAGUAUCCAAACAUAAAAGUUCACAGUUGGUUAUGUCGAAAAGUACCUUUAAAUUGCAAAGAAAUCAGGUACUGUGACUUUAUCCUGAUGCACACUCAAAAUAAAGUACUAGUACAUCCACUUACAAGUUUGUAGAAGAAACUUGUAAGUGGAUGUUGUGUAGAAAGUCGAGAUAUUUUGGAGGAAGUGUAUGAUGACAGGGAUCAUUUUGCUGUUAUGUUCAGUACUGAGACAUGCCAAAUGAUAUUUCAGAUCCAGUUACUGCUUCAUGAAUUGAAAACACAAUCCAGUCAGUAUUGUCUGGUUUAAAAUACACCUGGUGCUGCAUAUUAUUUUUACUUAAUAACACGGUUAUACUGCAAUUAUAGUUUUUAUUCAUGCCAUUGUUAGUGGGCUUUUCUUCCCAGCAAAUAGACUGACUAACACAGAUAAAUAUAGUCCUGCAAAAACUAUCAACUCAUAUCCGUUUUGACCUCAGAGAAAUCUUUAUUCAGCCUAAAGAUCAGAA